UACAAAUCGGCUGCAGCGGUUACGCGACUUAAAAGUUGAGUUAAAAUUAAUUAAAAAAAGGAAAACUCUCGUGGAAGAUGUUUCGGGUCGUGAAUAUAAGUCGACUGGCCAAUACCCUGCACUCCAGCCGCGCAGUCACACAUUGGGAGCAGCACUCAACGACUCUACGGGAAUUUCACGUGAAUGCCGCACGCCUGAAACGCCGCAAAACAGCAGAGGAGAAGAAAUCCCCCAGAAUUAUAGAGUACUCUCCCAAGAAAGCACAAACGGCCGGCAGCGGAGCCACCGACAUCUGGCGACACAUGAGCGUGGCUGAACUGGCCAAGGAACUGCAACGGCCACUGGAUGAUGUCCAGGAGGCCAUGCUGUAUGUCAAGGGCGCCGACAAUAUUGAGGCCGCCUUUAAGCUGGCAGAUCUCAAGAUCAUUCAGGAAAUAGCCAAAAAUCUGGGCGCCAAAACCAGGGUGGUGGCCACACCCGAGGUAACAAGUGAGGAUGACCAAAAAGAACGCGAUGUGGCCCCCAGACCUCCUGCUCCUCCAGAGCUCCUCCAACCGCGUCCACCCGUAGUCACCGUAAUGGGCCACGUGGAUCAUGGCAAAACCACCUUGCUGGACUCCCUCAGAGGUGCUGAUGUGGCUGCCGGCGAGGCUGGUGGCAUUACCCAGCACAUAGGCGCCUUCACUGUCACCUUGGAAAAUGGAGAAAGGGUCACGUUUCUGGACACACCGGGACAUGCUGCCUUUAGUGCGAUGAGAGCUCGAGGAGCUGUGGCCACGGACAUCAUUGUCCUCGUGGUGGCCGCCGAAGAUGGUGUCAUGGCACAAACACGUGAAGUCAUCCAGCUGGCCAAGGAGGCUCAAGUUCCCAUUAUCGUAGCGCUCAAUAAGAUCGACAAGCCAGAGGCUAAUAUUGAAAAGAGCAAGCAAGAAUUGGCCCAAAUGGGACUUGCCCUCGAGGAGCAUGGCGGUGAUGUCCAAGUGAUUCCAAUCUCCGCCCUCAAGGGCACUAAUCUUCAACUGCUGGCCGAGGCGGUCAGCACACAGGCCACCCUCAUGGGACUGAAAUCGGACCCAACGGGUCUGGUUGAGGGAAUCGUAGUGGAAUCAAAAACCGAUCCCCGUCGUGGCAAGCUCUCCACCGCCAUUGUAUCACGUGGAACUCUCCGUAAGGGUUCCGUACUGCUAAGUGGCUUGGCUCAUGCCAAAGUGCGAGGUCUCUUCGAUCACAAUGGCCAGCCUUUGAGUGAAGCUCCGCCAGGCACUCCCGUUGAGAUUCUAGGCUGGCGCGAACUGCCCCUUGCUGGUGAUCUCAUACUCGAGGUGGAAACGGAGAAAAAAGCUCAUGCUGUUCUAAAGUAUCGAGAGCACGAGGAGCAAAAGGAGAAGAUCGAGUCCAGCAGCGAUGAGAUCCGAAAAAAGGAGGAGGAACACCAGGCAAAGUACAGAGCGGAGCGUGAGGCCCGCCGGCUGGCUGGACGCUUCCGAAUGCGCGGUGGCCAGCGGGUCAAGCAAGUGGAUGACAACGCGGGCAAGCCUAGGGUCAGUGUCAUUAUCAAGGGCGAUGUUCAUGGCUCCGUGGAGGCCAUUCUUGACGUGCUAGAGACCUACAACAGCAACGAAAGCUGCCGCCUCGACAUCGUGCACUAUGGCGUGGGCAAUGUGACCGAGGGGGAUCUUGAGCUGGCCAAGGCUUUCGAUGCCAUUAUCUAUGCCUUUGCGGUCGAGUCACCUCAGGUGAAGGCUGCCAAAGAAGUGAACAUACGCAGCUACAACAUAAUCUACCGGUUAAUCGACGAUCUGAAAGAGCAGCUGAGCAGCAAGUUGCCCCCCGUGGAAGUGGAGGAGGUUCUGGGCGAGGCCAAUGUCCUGCAAAACUUCUUGAUUAAUGAGGGUCGCAAGGAAGUUCCCGUGGCGGGGUGUCGCUGCACCAAGGGAGUGCUGAAGAAGGCCCAAAAGUUCCGCCUGCUGCGAGAUGGGGAGGUGGUCUACAAUGGACCACUGGAGUCCAUGCGACAUCUGAAGAACGAGGUGGAUACCAUCAAGAAGGAUGUGGAGUGCGGCCUACGCUUUAAAGAUACCAAAGUGAUACCCCAAGCCGGCGACAUACUGCAGUGCUACACCACGAGCAUGCAGGCCCAGCAAACGGACUGGGAUCCAGGUUUCUAGUUUUUUAUAUAAAACAAACCACUAUCCGACUUCCUGUUGAUCCCACUGCCGCCGCUGCCACCCUUCACCCACAUACUUGGGCGUUUAGGAUACCGAUAUUGAGUGGCAGCGGAACUGGGCGAAGAUAAGGGAGACGUUCUAGCAUCGAGAGCGACAGCGAGAGAAGCACCCCUGUCCCAGAGACGGAAGCUGUUCUAAAUGGGUCAUCGCUAUGCUAAUUGGAGUUCACCCAAACCAAGGCAGUGUCCGUAGCCCCCUAUCAAUGGCUUGAGAUAGCAGGCUUCCGCCGCGAUGCCAAUUAGAACUUGGUCCUAUAAUUUCAUGAAUGGAUGUUUUUAUAUCAAGUGUACGGCCUACAGAAUUUGCUUGUACUUGCGAAUUUUUUUAUAAUAUCAAGCGCGUUCCAUAUAUCGCUAGUCGCGGGUUCGCCUUGAAAUGUGGAUAAUACAUUUCUGCGACUUAUUAGCUCACUGGAGGGCGACUUUCCCUGGACAUGUGUUGAUAAGGCCGGGUGUAAAAAUAGACCUAGCAUCAGGCUUAUAUAACCGAUCCUCACGCAUUAUUCGGGCUAGUACAAGAAUAUCGUUUU